AUGGAGCCUCCCGCCUAUGGAUCCGUUGCCAGAACUUGGGAUGCCGAGAGAGCAACGUUGAUCGACACACUGAGAAAGAAUGCAAAGAAAAACGAGGCGGACUCAACAUAUUGGGCAUGUCUCUGGUUGUCCGAUAUUGAAUGUCUUCGAGGUAUUGUCCGGGGGGCAGAAUAUACCAACAACUCUGCGGCCUGCAUGAUGACAAGCAAGGGUGCUUUCACAAUGAUCAAGACAUGGCAAACAAGGUCGAGGGUGUUUGCUGUGCCGCUUGAGAUGCAAAAGAAGCGCAAGUUUGGGGAGGACGAGAAUCAGAAACAAAAAUUAACUGCCAAAACAGCUUGUCUUGAGCGUGACGAUUUCGGCUGUGUGAUCACCAACUGUCCUGAGGUAGAUGUGGCUCACAUCUACCCGCUAUGCCUGAAGAAAGGUCGAUCAUCGGCAAAGAACGAGACGUACGACAACUUCUGGGAAUCGCUGGGCAUGUUUUGGAGCGAAGACCUAGUCGCUAAAUGGGAAUCCCGGUUGACAGGUCCAGGUGGCACAGAGCUUUGCGAGAAUUUGCUUUGCUUGUGCCCCAACGCCCACAGGUAUUGGGGGGCUUGUUACUUUGCCCUCCAGCCGCUCCAUCUGCGCGAUGACGGUAAGGAGUUGAUCACACGUUUCUACUGGCUGCCCAAGAUUACGCCACACAGAGUUCAGGUCCAGGACAAACCGAGUAUUUCGCUUCAUCCGCACGAAAAGUUUCUCAAUCUUUGGGUUGAGGGUGCUGAUGGAUCCGCGCAAAAGAUGAACUCUGGCGACCUGGUCGUUUUCCAAACCAAGGACCCAGAAAAUAUGCCACUGCCAUCAUGGGAUCUCCUUAAAAUGCAAUGGGUUCUCAAUAGGAUCGGUGCCAUCAGCGGGGCUGCCAGCGCUUCUACCCGGCCGUGGGAUUGGGAUACCGAAGAUGAAGAUGCCAACAUGGAGUUCGAAUAUAGCGAUGAUGAAUCUAUCGAUGGGUUGCCAUUGAAGCAGCGUGCGACUAUUCUUACCUGA